CUGCUGAUCGACACGCCGUUUGCGUGCCGAGUCGUUCUUUUGCGUGCUCGCCCGUUUUCCCUCUUUUGCUUUUUAACGCUCGCAUUCCUUCUCCUAGACUUGCCCGCCUGCUUCCCCAGUGCCAAGAGAAAAUAGAACGAACGAGUGGGAAAAAAACUGGUUGUCCGGGGCCUGACUAAGCGAUUCCGGGGCAUCUGAGAGGCCCGUCCGUCUCGCCAUCAAACCUCUGAUAUCCACACACGCUCAGACCGCGCAGCAGUCCCUCCAGCAGUCCCUCCAGCAGUCCCUCCAGCAGUCCUUGCAGCAUGGAUUCCAGCCGCCGCUCUCGAGGCUCGCGAAGCCUGCGGUCGUCGCGAUGGCGCUCCAUCUCGUCUGCGUCUGCGUCGCCGUCGCCGUCGCCCAGGUCGCCGUCGCCCAUCCGCACCGACGACGAGGUCGAUCCGCACACAGUCGUUCCCCCGUCACAGCCGCCGCCGCGCAGUGAGAGCCGGUCCAGCCUGCAGCCGCCGCCGCCUCGAUAUGGCGCUCCCAACUCCAGCCGCCGCGUGCCAUCCGUGUCGUCGCGGCGGUCGUACAACCCUGCGACGCCAGACGCAACCGAGGAGUCAGAGACCGAGUACUUCCCGCCGCUGGGCAUCACCUCCAGCGCUGUUUCCAGGACGUCGAGCCUCCGCGGCCGCGCGCCGUCAAACGCAGGCUCUGUUGCCGCCUCCAAUGCCGGUGGCCGACCGGUCCAUGAGCGGAUAAGGCAGCCCAGCGUCCGCAUUCGACGCAGCUCCAGCGGCUCUGCGACGCGAGGGACGUCCGUCAUUGACUAUGCUUCUGAGAGCAGCGACACAGACACGGGCCGGCGACACCUGCCGCGGCCGCGAAGCAUAUCGCAGCCCAUGCCUGCCGCGCAAAUCUACCCGGACGCCAACGUUGCCAGGCUCUCGCGCCGGGUGCCGCAGAUUGCGCUGCCGCGUCUCACCGAGGAGGGAUCGCGGCCGACCCUUUCGGAGCUGGGCAUCCCUCCAUCACCGCUUUCGCCCUCGAGGUCGCUGCCCGAGGAGCCGCUGGAGGAAGACGACCCUCGCCAGCCCGACGGCGGCGCUCCGGCAAGGAGGCUGACUAGGAAGAGAAAGCUUAGCAAGAUGUUCUGGCCUGGCGGUUCGCUCAAUCGCGGACCAAUGUCCCCCCCGCCCCGCGGUGUAAGCGCAGAGAGAGACGCAUCCGCAGGUCCUGCACCCCAGGGCCAUGGCUUUGGCCUCAACCUUGGCCAUGGCCACGCUCAAAACCAACCCGCCCCUGAUGAGUACGGCGAAGAGCUGGUGGACUGGCUGGAUAUCAUUGAUCCCGAGGUCCAGACCCUUUCGACCUUGACCAACGUGCAAAACUCCCUGUUCGUGCCCGAUCUUGGCCCUUGGAUAAACCGCCGUCCCACCUACGUCUUGUCCCAGCGUGACGUUGGGCCGACUGCCCGGCUCGGCCGACCCGCAGAGCGCGAGGAGGAACAGCUGCCAGAGCCGCAGGAGGAGCUCCCCAGGUUCGAGACCGGCGUGGAGACGCCCAGGAGCGAGGGCGUGCCGGCGACGCUCCGGCGGUCCGACACAAUCACCUCCAGGCUCACCGACUCGCACUACGCCGCGCUGCCGCAUGGCAUCAGUCUCGAGGGCUGGACCGAGGAGGAGAAGAUGGAGCUGGACGACCGCGUGCGCCACAUGCUGCACUCCAAGCGGUCUCGCUUCAAGCGCACCAUGAAGGGCUUUGGCCAGUAUGUGCGACGGCCGCUGGGCUUCUUCGUCACGCUCUACGCCGUCCUCAUCACGCUCUUCGGCCUGGCCUGGGUGCUGUUUCUCAUCGGCUGGAUCUAUGUUGGCGACAAGCAGGUGUACACGAUUCACAUCAUCGACAGCGUGCUGGUGGCCCUGUUCGCCAUCAUGGGCGAUGGCCUGGCCCCCUUCCGAGCCAUUGACACAUACCACAUGGCCUUUGUCAUCCAUUACUCGCGCAAGAUUGAAAAGGCCAAGAAGAAGAAGCUCGAGGAGAAGGAGAAUGGUAUCAUACAAGGAGUGGCCGAAGGCAGCGUAGAGCUCACACACUACGCCUCUGGCGACCCUCUUGCAGCUUACCCCGAGCCGCCCAGUCUCGAGCCCCAGAGCGCCAGCGGAUCGGUCGAGCGAAUCGCCACUAGCACCAGCAACCUUGCGACCGCGCCCACACCCGAUCCCGAGCAGGCCAUUGUGGAUCAGAACGGAGACGUCGAGGCCGCUAAGCUCGACAUCGAGUACGACGAGGACUCUCCGCUUACGUUUAAGCAAUGGAAGCGCAUGCGGCACCACCAGAAGAAGCUGGCCAAGUCUCACAGUUUCUACAAGCCCGACGAGACCUUUACGCACUUUGCCUUCCCCUUGCCCUACCUGAUUGCCAUUGUGAUACUGCUGGACUGCCACUCGUGCUUGCAAAUCUCCCUGGGUGCCACAACCUGGGGCAUUGACUACCACCACCGACCUUUUGCCAUUACCACCGUCAUCCUCUGCGUCAGUAUCGCGUGCAACAUCUCCGCCGGCCUGACCAUCAUGAUUGGUGAUCGGAAAACAAGAAAGAAGGACGUGUGGAAGCUGCUCACUCGACAGGAGCUGACAGGCGAUGCCAUCAAACAUCUCGAAACGAAGCGUGCCAAGGAGCAAAGCCGUAGCAACGACAGCGGUCACAAUAGCGUGCAGGAAGAGAUCCAGACGGAUAUGAACAUUAAAGAGGACCGGUAGUAGCCGGCCGCGCGCCCAUGCAUAUCCGAUCCCUGCACGGAUACGACGACGCUCAUCAUUGAGAACGGGGCUUAUAUGAUAUACCAUGACUUCUUCCUCUAUUCCCUUUCCUCUCCUCUUUUCUUGUCUUUUCUUUUCUUUCCUUUCUG